AUGCUGAGGCCCGCCACUCCUCUGACCGUGCUGCUGCUCAUAUCCUUCGUUUUCCUCCUGCUGUCGGUCCUCUCGACGCCUGUCGUCCACAGCAUCCCCAUCGCAACCUAUCAGGGAGUUAAUUUUGGAGUCUUCGGCUACUGCACACCAACAAAAUGCAGUGGCAUCAGGGUGGGAUAUACAACUGAUGGCCUCUUCCCUACCGGAGGGGAAACCGACUUCAGCCUUUCAUCCUCUACCAGACACUCGCUAUCUUCCCUCCUCAUCGUCCACCCUGUCGCGGCCUUUUGUAACCUGGUCUGCCUUGCAUUGGCUGGCGCUGCUCACCUGCACUCCCCCUCUCACUCCGCCCGCUACCUCCUCGGUUUGCUGAUUCUGCUACUGCCAACCCUACUGGUAACUUUACUGGCUUUCCUAGUCGACAUAUUACUCUUUGUGCCACAUUUACAAUGGGCCGGAUGGAUUGUCCUUGCUUCCACCAUUCUCAUCGCCGCCUCAGGCGUUGUGACCUGCGCUAUGAGGCGGACGCUGGUGUCUCGGAAGGCGCGUAAGAAGAGAAUUGCCGAGAAUGCUGAAAUGAGUGGAGAGAACUUUUACAAUCGACAAGCACAAGAGUCGAAAACGGUCGCGCAGACUUUUACCACGGAGCCGACGAUGCCCAUGGUCAAUGGCUCGCCCGGUGCAGACCGGCUGCCCACUUUCGCAACCUUUGAUGCAAGUCAAAAGUCAGAUGAAGAACGUCAACCUCUCCGAGCGCAAGCUUUAUCCGCCGAGCCGAGUGUAGUGACGCCCUCUCGAGAUGGGGCGUCUGAUCGAUACUAUGGGCCUCCCUCCAGAUCCAGCAGUCAACCACCCUACAACGGACAACGCGACCAGUUUGGUAACAUCCCUCCGCCGCCGGUCCCACCCACUGCAGAUGGUACCAUGGUGCCGGUGCAAGGCAGAAGAUCCGGGGACGAACCCACUCCUCCUAGUCCUUAUCGUGAUCGCAGUCUGCCGCCGCCCGGUGGUCGAGGCUAUCCGCCGCGUGGCAGAGGCACUUACCCUCCUCGCGGUGGUUUCCCUCCGCGAGCAGGCGGUUUCGGCCCUAGAGGGCCACCUCCUCCACAAGGCUAUCCUGGUAGAGGUGGAUUUUCCACGGACAUGAGAGGAGGAUAUGGUGGGCGUGGUCGAAGUGGUAUCCCGCCCGGUGUCGCUGGGGGAUCACGACGACCACCCCCAGGAUAUCCGCCCAACGGAAUUGACAGUGCAUCCGAGAGAUACACUCCGCCGGACGGAUACCCCGUGGCGAUGGGUCCUCCGCUACCCAUGGCACCAGGCCAACAAUACAUGGAAGACAAUGAGCGCAGGUAUGACGCGAGGAGUCCUUCUGUCUACACUCAAGGAGAGGAGCCCCAAGGUCCUUACGGGGCCAGAGCGCAGUCCCCGGCAAGGGACAGAACGUCACCUUAUGGCAGUCGCGUCCAAUCUCCUUCGGGAACCCUUCGUCGACCUUCUCCACCUCCGGCUAUGCCUCCUUUGCCAACAACUCAGCCCGUCGAGAUGGCAGGCACUUCCGUGCGUGACUUCAAACCCCAGAGGUCGCAGAGCCAAGAUCCCUAUGUCCCCGUGCGGGCUCAUUGGAACAACAUGGCAAAUAUGUCGGGUGAUGAUUUGGGAUACGCGAGGCCACCUGGAAGGCAAGCUCAGUCUCCUGUCGAGCUCCCUACAAGCGGCAGUCACGUAGGGGGUUAUAGCGGUCACCCACGUAGAGCGCGCGUGAACUCUGGAGGGAGUGAUGUCUACUACGAAGAUGUCGAUCCACGGUUCGCCUCUGACCCAGAACCGCCCUUACCGCAAAAUCUCCAACCAGAAGAACGAAACUGGAGGCCUCCUCCACUUCUCACUCCAGGACCACCCGGCCAGUACCGACCCGACUCCUACAAUGAGAUCCCUCCAACAAACUCGUAUGAGGAGUUGCCUGGUGCUCGAUCCCCGGCGGAGAGCGAGACCAGUAAUUUCACCUCCGUCAGUCAACGCGGGGUCAAUCCCAAUUGGCGGCCUGGCAAUGGAGGGGGCGAGUUCAGCGCUCUCGGUCCCAUGAGGAGACGAGAUCAGCAAACCAGGCAAGACAUGCUUCUGGCAGGUAACCCCGACUUCGAGCUGCCUGGGUCCAUGGGACCACCGCGUCUCCAACCACGAAGUCGUGGCGGUAGCCCUGGGAUGAGAGGCGGAAUGAUGAGAGGACCGACUCGUGUCCCGCCAGCCAGUGCUGUGGGUGGUGGUGGCGAUGGCCCCUAUCCCAGUCCCAUGGGACCACCUCUGCCUGGCGGGCCGAUGGGACCGCCCGGACCUGAAUCUGGGCCAGGAAUUGCGCCGGGACCAGGGAUGGGAAUGGGAGGGAUGAGGGAGAUAUGA